AUGAGCCAUGGUAGAGAUGUACUGCAGGAUAUCAUAGGAUCGGAUGAGGUAGCAAGCUUAUUGGCUGAAAGGACUGCUGAAGAAGGUUCCUUCAGCGAGGAAAACGAAAGUGUUUUGCAUGUGGAUGGUGAUGAGUUUCGGCUCGAUGACAAACAAACAGAUCGAGAGAGCAACGAGCCCUUCGAGCUCCACGGAGAUGCGAAACCGAAGAACUUGUUUGUUGCUGAUGAUUCGUUAGAACUGAGUUCACGAUCUCCGCAACCGGCUCGCAAUGUGACAGAAGGCAUAUCGAAAAAGAGACGAGUUCAGUUUGGGCAAGGCACAUUUGCGCUCAGCGAAGAUGAGAGACAAGAGAAUCCGCAUCCGUGGGAUUUUCAAGCCCUUGUGAGCUCUGAAUUUCGGCAAAAAUUACCAUCAGAUCAAGAAGUACGCAAUUGGAAAAGACCAUCCAGGACGAUGCUGCGUGCCGUCACGGAUGUACUGGAAAACAACGUUGUGGAGGCGGUGGAAGCGGUUUUCGAAAAAUACCAGGAUGAAAGUGACAAAAUUUUAGGUCCGCGCGCAAGUCGACGCAUGGUAACGUCCAAGGAAAAACUUCUAAGCGACAUCAUUAACAAGAUAUACCAGAAACUACGCAAAUCAAAAUUCCCGUCGCGUGUUUCGGACCGAGAGUUGGAUAUAGAGUACAUUUUUGCUAAGCGCAAGUUCAUACAGGAGCGGUAUUCUCAAGAAUUGAGUCACGCGGAGGUUAUAGAGCAACAACUGGCGCGUGACAAGCGAGAGUUGCAAGAAUUGCAAGACAAAUACAAGCAAUUACUUGCGAAUAGAAGUGAGAGCCUGGUACGUAUGUCCGACGAUACAAACGGGGGCCUUCAUCCGGCUAUGGCGAAAGCAAUGGUCAAUUCAUUCGGACUUAUAACGGACGCCGCGACAAAUCAAACUCGCUACGAAAAAGACGUCAGGGAGCUUAAUUUGAGUAUAACAGAGACUAAGGAAGUGUCUACGGGAUUUAAAAAUGGCCACGAAGCAGACCUUUUACGCAAGUACCUACCCUCAAUUUUCGAAUUCAAAAAUCCUCACAGAAAAACGUCCAAAAUAAGUCCCGAAAAGACAGAGUUCAGAGAGCUUAAGAGACCGUCCGAUACGGAGGAUGAAGCUGAGCCUAAUGUGACUUGA